GCGAGAUAUCACAAAUUUGGCGGAAUUUGAUCUGAAUUUAGUGUAAUAUUUCUCAUUUUGAACGUGUCACAGUGAUUUAAAAAGAAAGGAGACAUUCUAUGUGAAGAAGGAAGCGUUGCGAACGAAAUUUUAACGAAAGUACAAGAAUUUCCCAACUUGUCAGAACCCUCCCUUAGGUAGUUGGGUGUCGCCACCAACAUGACCUCUCCAGGGGUCAACCUCACGGAAUUCUUUUCUGAUAAUGCCACGAUCACAGUGUCAACAACAAACCUCACCGAUCUGAUGGCAACAAGUGAGAAUGCGACCUAUACUCAAGAGCACACAACUCCAUGGACUACUGUAACGACCAUUACCCAGGAAGUUAUGGAAAAUCUCAAUGACACCAGCACAACUGCCAACCAGACAUUUGUGUAUAACCACACUCUUUCCCCGUUUGUGCCAGAUGGGCAGGAUUUUUUCCACCACCUAAGCGGGAAGGAUGAGACGCUGUUCCUCACACUGGUUCUCAUGGCUGUCCUCAUCCCCAUCCUUUUCAUCGCUAUCUUUGCUGUCGUCUGCGUCCGCAAGAGGAGGGAGAAGAAAGCACGCAGGGCUGAACGUUUACUGAGGAACGCCCAGGAUCUGGCCAUGGAUGACUACCCCCCGGCUAUGUACAGGAUUCAGGCUCUGAGGGCGUGAUGCAACGACACCACUACCGGUUUACGGUUUGAAACGUGAUGGUAACAACAACAACAUGUCCUCAACAAAUGGACUUCUUUAUUCUUGCUACAACAACCAUCGUCACCACUGUGCAGCGUGAGG